AUGACCGCUCACAGUGACGAAGAAACGCCCCUCUUGCAGCCUGACUCCCCGCUGCUUAAGCCGGCCCGUACGCCUUUGCCAUGGGCCCAGCUAACGAUUCUUCUUGUCCUUCAACUGGCUGAGCCUCUCACCAGUCAGGUUAUUUCUCCUUUCGCGCCCGACCUUAUUCGUAACAUUGGGAUCACCGGUGGCGACGAGACCAAGGUGGGGUAUUAUGUUGGCUUGAUGCACUCCAUUUUCUUUGCCACUCAAGCGCUCACCGUCCUUCAUUGGAGUCGUAUUUCGGAUCAUCUUGGUCGAAAGCCCAUCAUCAUGACCGGCCUGACUGGACUGUCUUUGUCCAUGUACUGUUUCGGCCUGUCAAGGACGUUUUGGAGUCUCGUGGUCAGCCGGUGUCUUAACGGCGCACUGAACGGCAACAUUGGAGUCCUCAAGAGCAUGGUAGCUGAAAUUACGGACUCGACGAACCUCGCCGAAGCAUAUUCAUAUCUACCACUUUCUUGGUUGACUGGUGCAACGAUGGGUCCCAUGAUCGGUGGAUCACUAUCAAGACCUCACGAACGGUUUCCUUCUGUAUUCGGUCAUUCGGAAUUCAUGCAGAAAUAUCCUUAUUUUCUUCCUUGCGCCAUUCCGGCUACGUUCUCUGCCGUAGCAGUCUUGGUUAGCUUUUUCUUCUUGAAAGAGACCGUAGUGUCUCCAGUUUCCAUUCACCAGUUGUUGCGGAAUCGCCUGAACAAGUCGGACCACAAUGACAUAGACGGUGCCAAAAUUUCUUCCCCCCUUAUUUCUCGCAAGGCCUCUACGAAGCCGCUUCCUCUCAGACGUCUCUUAAUCCCACGCGUCCUCGUCUCCGGUGGCAACUAUGCGCUGCUCGCUAUCGUUGACAUCUGCUAUAGAUCUGUGCAGCCUGUCUACCUCUCGACUCCCAUUGAGCUUGGCGGACUGGGUCUAUCGCCUCCGGCAAUUGGAGCGAUCCUCUCCACCUACGGGAUCUCCAACGGACUGUUGCAGAUCUUCUUUUUCGCCAAAGUGAUCGAGCUUUGGGGCCCGAAGAAGGUGCACAUCGUUGGCAUUGCAUCGGCGUUGCCCGUAUUCGCCCUCUUCCCGAUAAUUAACCUUCUGGCCAAAGCCGAAGGAUACAGUACGAUUGUAUGGGCAGCGUUGUUCCUACAGUGUGCUAUCUCGAUAGCAAUCAACUUUUGUUAUGGCAGCAUUUUUAUGUACAUCACGGCCUCGUCGCCUAACAAAGCGUCACUUGGGUCGGUCAACGGCCUAGCUCAAAUGAGCGUGUCCAUCAUGCGCGCAGUGGGCCCUGCACUCGCGAACUCCUUGUUCUCGAUCUCGAUCGACCAGGAGCACCACUACAUGGGCGGUCUGUUCGUGUACUGGUGCCUCGCGGCCCUAACGUGCGUCGCGCUCUGGGGGGCGAGCCUGUUGCCGGCUCAAGUGUGGCAGAACGAGGUGCUGGUGGAUGACGACGUAUCUGAGUCAUGA